AUGUCCGACCUUGUAACUAGACUCGAAGAGCACACAACACGUCUCGCACGUGAUGCGCAACACCACUGCACCACCAUACAAACCCAAUUCAACACUUUACUCAAGGAUGCCAACAUACAGCCGAAAGUAGCUCUCUACGCAGCUCUUUUCUUCGCAACGUUCACAUGGCUCGCCAUAACCCUCAGCCGCCUCCUUCUUACCCGUCGACGUCCUACCUCUCGACCCAGCACACCGAAUCUCGAGAAACGUUCCCCAUUCAAAGCUCCAGAUAGGCCACCUGGAGUAUGGCACCCAUCCCCAUUCACCCGCCCCACAGCAUCCCCCUACCCAAAUUGGUCGCUAUCAACAACAAAACCUCUACCUUAUCGUCCCUUCCGCUACGGCCCCAAAUACAAUAUCACAAUGGGCCUACGCAACAUGUCGUGGGACGAAUGGAUUGAACUCGACAACGAAUACUCAUCUUACCACUCCCUCAAAGCAGCUAGGAUAGCCGAAAGAGGAGAAAAAUGUAUCAAGACGGCUCCUGAAGCGAUGAGUGCAGCGAAGGAGUUGUUGGAGGAGUUGGUUGGUUACUUACCACAGCGAUACCCGAGUCUGUUCCAAGAGAUGAAGUUGGGGAAGGGGAAAGGAAUGAAGAAUCUAGAGACAGGUGAGGUUUUCGAUGUGGAGGGGUGUGCGAGAGAUGGGGAGAGGGAGGAUCCGAUGGAAAUGUGUGCUAGGAUGAUUCAAGAUGAUCUUGCUAUCAUGGUUGAGAAGGAGGAUGGGCAGUACUACCUGCUUGCUGGUGCUAUCUUGCUGGCAGGAUUUUGGAGGCUGGAGGAUAAGUUUGGAAUGCCACUUUCUACCAUUCAUACGAGUGGGGAUGUUCCGGGGUUCAAAGACAAACUCGAGAAACCAAUGUCCAAUUUCUUCCGCAGAAUACAACCACAGUCACCUGUUCUACGGAACAACUACUUCAUUCAAGUCGACGACAAACUAGCCUGGAGCGAGAGUAUAGGCAGUGAAGAUGCGAAAGAAGAUGGAGGCAUCGGGUGGUUCACAGCAGAGAAGAACAAGGCGGUUGACCAUCAUUGGUUCAGGAGUGAGAGGCAGAGUUUACGGAGGUUGCCUAAAUCUGGUGGUGUGGUAUUUACGAUUCGAACUUACUUCCAUCCUAUCACGGAUAUCGCGCAGGAACCCUAUGUGCCUGGCCGACUAGCCAGCGCGAUUCGUUCUUGGGGUGAGGAUGUAAGUCGCUACAAGGGGAAGGAGAUGUAUGGGGAUGUAUUGCUGGAGUAUCUAGACAAGAAACACGCGGAGCAGGUAGAAGGAGGACUGGAUGUUGACGGGGAGGAAGAUGUUGCAAGGGGUUAUCCAUUUUGA